AUGGCUCCCGGAACGGGCAUCAAAGCACCUGUUCCACGAACAAGAACCGGCUGCUUGACGUGCCGGAAACGCAAGGUCAAAUGUGAUGAGACGAAACCAAUUUGUGGAAGGUGUGAGAGACUCCAGCGAGAAUGUGUGUGGAGUGAGGAUCUCCAAGUUAUCAGCCAAGGGCGUCCGCCUGUGUUUUCUUCAGCAACUAUCAUCACCACCAGAUCUGAUGUUCCAGCGCUUCAACUAUCCCGGCCAUCCGGACAGAACUUCGUGCUUGAGCUCCCAACUGUGGACAGAGCGAUGAUUCCCUACGUCCAUCACUUUGUCUCAUUUUGCUGUAGAUUCAUGGCAUACUCAAAUGACAACGAAGGAAACCCCUUUCAAGAGGCACUAGCGCCGCUUGCAAUGUCAUCACCCGCCCUGAUACACUCUAUUUCAGCUCUGGCUGCAUCUCACCUGGCUAGAAACCAACCAUCACACGAAAUUACGGCUGCAAAUCAUUAUUCCAUUGCUUUGAGAGAAUUGCAAGCUUCUUUAUCAGAUGCAAAAAUUGCUCAGUCAGAUGCAACGCUUGGAGCAUGUCUUUUGCUUUGUGUCUAUGAGAUUUCACACUCCGACAGAUCCUCGUAUAGCUCUUCCUGGCUUGAGCAUCUCCAAGGGGCACGAGAUUUGAUUCUCUUCCGAGGUGGCCCUAGAACAAGUGAUUACUUGACCCGAUUCUUCUCUCUGCUUGAUGUAUCAGGCGCAUUGUUCUCUGGUAAGGGUACGUUGCUUCAAGGCAACUAUUGGAUUGACGACGGAACGGAUGAUGAAGGUUCUAAAGCCCUCAACUGGCCUUAUUAUGAUGGCAGCGGAGUCAUGACGGAUCACUUUCACCAAUUGAUGACCCAUAUGGCUAAGCUCUCACAGCUAUCUUCCGAGGCGCUCGGCGAAAUCGGGCAAGAGAAUCCCGACAUGAUCGCAAAAAAAGGAACUGAAAUAUAUGAAGCUAUGCUUCACUGGUGGAGUCAAUGUCCGCCAGAGCUACGAGACCAGAAUAAAAAUUGGCGACGAUUACCACGAGAGAAAAAACUUACUGUUUCUGAAACUUUGGAAGAGGAAGCUUUCUCGAGCACAAAGGCUUGUCUGCUCGGAUGCGUCAUUUAUUUACAUCACAUCCUCGACCCAGUCGGUCGAGAGCCUCAGAAGAAUGAGGUGACCGAAGCUAUUAUUGAGAUUCUUGAGAUCGCAGAAGAAACUCCUCAGGGCUACGGGCUUGAGAUGGGUCUAUAUUGGGCUUUGUUUAUGGCAGGUGUAGCUGUUUUCAAUGAUGUCGUUGCUGAAGACUUGAUUCGAAAAAAGCUGCGAUCUGACAUGACCGUCAGUCUUUAUCAUGCAGAUAGGGCUCUAGAUCUACUGGAAGUGCUUUGGAAGCGACAACACCAAUACGGAACUAAGUACGAUUGGAGACUGGUACAAUCCCAAAUGGGCAUUCAAGUCUUUAUCCUGGCGUGA